UUCAUCCAAAUUUCAUCCGUAUAUCGGAUAAGAAGGUGACUCUUUCUCGGUUAACCACGAAGGCUCAAGUCCUGAAAAACUCAAAGUUUUCUCGUCGUUGUCAUUUCAAUCACUUGUCUUCUAUACCAUGGCGGCCGUGACCAUGGCAAAGGUGUGGCUCGUCCUGGGCCUUUCCAGUGCCUUGCGCGCAGCUCAGGAAGGCGGGGAGGAAAUUUCCAGCGCAGUUCGCUACACAGAGGAGGACGUGGACUGUUUAUCGUUAAAGUUUGUGAGUUCCGAACCGUAUGAUGUCUCCCACAUCAGAAAGAUCCUGACUCACUACUGGGAGACCAGCAUCGGCUUCUACGACUGUGAAGAAUGCGACAAAAAUAGAUGGAACUGCUACUGGAAGUAUUAUACAUACUUUAAGAAGCACAAUCGCUUUGCGGUCUUGCAAGCCCAUAUUGACAGCAAGGCCAAGAAUGAUGCGAUGUGUGCAACUGAGGGAUGGCAAAACUGGGGUGAGGAUGAUUGGCGCUUGACCUUGAGCCCCAAGUUCUGCAGUCCCAAUUCCAAGUUCAGCAGUGCCCUUCGCGAGAAAAUGGCCAAGGACGCACGUGAGCGUUGCAAGGCGACGCUCUGCGAGCUGGCAAAGAGCGGUGAGUGGAAAAACACAUGGUUCAAGUCCAAGAAAGAGGCCGCCAUUGAGAUGCCCUGGCCUGCCAAGAUGAGUUCACGCAAAGGCCUUGGAUUCAAAGAUGCCUUCAAGGAAAAAUGCUGGCAUGGACCAGAGGAAAUGCCGGAGAGUUUGGGCUACUUCCAGGACUUCGUGAAGCACUACGGUAUGCUCACGGCCUCUGAGACCUUUAAUAAGAAGGUCUGCGGCUGUCCCACUGAGGAUGACUGCAGCUGAUGGAGGCCAUGAA